CUACGCACUGGUCCUCUGGUUAGCCCUAUGCAUCUCCUUCAUCUACUAUUCAAGGCUUUCGACAUGAUACCUCUUUCUCUGGAUUGGACUGGUCUCUCUUCCGCCACGAUACUCACUCUGCUAUUACAACAAAUGUUCACAAAUGUCCCUCUCUCUCACUGGAUUCAUCACCGUCGCCACCGUCAUCUACAAGCAUCAAUAUUUUUUUUUUGUUAUGAUGAUCAUCAACUUCGCUUUCGCCCCAAAGUGGAUCAUGAAUUCCAAUAUUGCCCUCGCCUUUGUAGACGCCUCUUCAAACAAGUUUUCAACAAACAGGUU